AUGUUCAGGUGGAUAACAUGUCCUUGUCAGCAACCAUUAUAUUAUCGACGAUCUAUUAUAUUUCCAUUAAUUACAUUUAUGAUAACAACUGGUCUUCUAUAUGGAUUUGUUGAACAUUAUACAGUAACAACUCAUUUAAUAAAUUCAGCACUAUAUUCAAAUUCUACUUUUUUUAAUUUACAAUGUAAAUUAAAAAAUGAAACUAUACGUGCUAUUAAUUUAGCUUCGAAUGAUUAUUGUAAAAAUUUACUAAAAAAUAUUUCAUGUAAAAUUGAUUCAAAUCCAAAUUUUUUUCCGAAAUCAUUACCACGUUUUUGUCCUAUUCAAAAAGGUAAUUUUGGUGAUGUUAUUGGUUGUGUAUCAAGUGAUGAAAAUUCAACACAUCAUAUAAACAAGUCACAAAUAUUUGAUAAUGAUAUUAUGUGUAUUGAUUAUUGUUUAAAACAUAGUGUAUCUUUUGCUGAAUAUAAUGAAUUUACUGGUCAAUGUUAUUGUUUAUCAACAUUAAAUAAUCAACAUCAUUUAAUAAUACCAAAUCAAAAAUGUACAAAAAUAAUUUUUAAUAAUAAUAAUGAAAAACAAAAUUUCACAACAAUUUAUCGAACUGGUUUUAUUGAUUUUGGAAAUCAUCUUGAAAAACGUCGUUCAAUACAAAAUCAUAAUCAAACAAUUAUUGUUUUUUUUUUAACAGUUGGUGGUCGAAAAAAUCUUCGACAAAUAAAACGAUUAGUACGAGCUAUUUAUUUACGACAACAUUAUUAUUUAAUACAUGUUGAUAGCGUAUUACAGCGUGAAAAUUAUUUAUAUGAAGAAUUAUUAAGAUUAUCAAAAAGAAUUUCAAAUAUUCAUUUAACUAAUAAACGUUAUCCAACAACAUGGGGUGCAUCAACAUUAUUAACAGCACAUUUAGAUGCAUUUAAACAAAUAUUUAAUGAAUUAAAAUGGAAUUUUUCUUUUAUACUUAAUUUAAGUGAAACAGAUUUUCCAUUAAAACCUAUUCAAGUUUUAACAACUUUUCUAUCAAUGUAUACAUCAUAUAAUUUUCUUCGUUCACAUAGUCGAGAACCAUAUAAAUUUAUUAAAUCUCAAGGAUUAUUUCAUACAUUUAUUCAUUGUAAUGAUUAUAUGUAUCGUAUUGAUUCAAGAUCAUUAAUUCAAAAUAUUAUUUAUGAUGGUGGAUCUGAUUGGUAUGUAUUAAAUCGUGAAUUUGUAUAUUAUGUAACAUAUGGUAAUGAUGAACUUGUAAAUGGUCUUCGACAUACAUUUAAUUAUUCAUUAUUACCUUGCGAAAGUUUUUUUCAUACUCUAUUAAGUAAUAGUAUUUAUUGUGAUACAUAUAUUCGAAAUAAUUUACGUCUUGUACAUUGGAAUCGAGAACGUGGAUGUAAAUGUCAACAUAAAAAUGUUGUAGAUUGGUGUGGUUGUUCACCAAUUAUUUAUAGAAAUAUUGAUAAAAUAAUAUUGAAUGAAACAAUUGAUAAACCUUUCUUUUUUGCUCGUAAAUUUGAUCCAACUAUUGAUGAAACAAUUCUUGAUUGGCUUGAUGAAAAAAUUUCAAGACGAAAUUUAUCGAAUAGUGCUUUUUAUUUACAAAAUAUUUAUCAUAUAAAUUAUGAUUUAAAUAAUUUAAAUAAUGUAUUAAAAUUAAUUGAUUCAUAUGCACGUACAAUACUUAUUGAUUAUCAAGAACAUCGACGUAAUUGUUUUCAUGAUGAUAAUAUUCAAUUAGAACAAAUUCAUGCCAUAUUUCAAUUAAGUUUAUAUCAAGGUUAUUCAUUACAAUAUAAAUUUAAUGAUGGAGAACAAAUUGAAUUAUUUAUUCAAUUAAAUUCUUUUACAACUAUUAAUUCAAAACAAAUUAAAAGAUUUGAAAUUGGUCAAGAAUUAGAUAGUAAAGAAAUUAUUUUUAUUGAUCGUAGUAGAACAUUUAUUGAACCAAAAUUAGUCAAAGUUCUUAUUGAAUGGGAAUCUAUGACAGAUAAUGAUACAUCUUUAAUUAUUAAUAGUCCUAAUGGUGCUAUUCUUCAACGAGUAAAACUUCAUCCAUCUUUAGAACCUCUUAUUAUUGAUAUAUUUUUUCCGGUGGUAUCUUCACCAAAUAUGAUUGGUAUAUGGAAAAUGUUAAUUAUUAAAGAAAAUCAUGAAAAUUAUUUAGCUUCAUUAAAUUUUCUUGUUUUAUUAUCUAAUGAAGAUCAAUUAUUAAAUAUUCAAUACUUAAAAAUAAUAAAAAAUUUUUGGUCUAUAACAAAUAUGUGUACAACAAAAAUAAAUUCAUCUUUAUGUAAUGAUUUAUUAAAUCAAACGAGAAUAUUAGCUAUUAAUGAUUGUUCUCAACAACAAUGGAGUUAUUUCUUUUAUGACAUUAAUAUUAAAAUUGAAGCAGUUAAUGAGGACAAUUUAAUUUUAAUUGAAUUUCUCAUGCUAAUAAUUAAUUCAAAAUUAAAAACUUUAAAACAUUAUCGUCGAUUUUUAUAUUUAUUUCAACGUAAAAAAUCUUCAUCAAUUAACAUAACUUAUUCUUAUCAAUCUACAAUGCAUUUUCCACGAUUACCUAUAACACUCCCACCAUUUGUUCCGACAUUAAUGUCUUAUCGAUGUAUUGAUUCAUUAAAUUCAUGUUUUCAACAACAAAAAACUAAAAUAAGUCAUGAUUUUUGUUUACGUAGAGAAAAAUCAGAUAUUUUUACAACAAGGAAUGAUGAAGAUGAUUGUGAACCAUUAGCUAAAAAAUUUUCACAUCAUAAUCCUAAUCCUAAUCAUCAACAACAUAUUCGUCGACGUAUACCAAAACGUUAUGGUAAUAUAUUUGGUUCAUUUGCAAAAAAAAAUUUUUCAUUACGAAAAAAUUCAAUAAAUCGAGAAAAACAAACUGUUCUACCAUUAUCACAAUCAAAUUAUAUAUCAACUAAAAAUUCUCAUCAUCAUCAUUCAUUAAAAUGUAUAAAUGAAAAAAUUCAUUGUUUUAAUUCACAUAAAAAAAAAUCUCAUAAUAUAAAAAAUCAUCAUUAUAAUCAUACAAUAAAAUAUGAUGAUAUUCUUGCACAACGUAUGCAAGCAGCUAUGAGUACGGAAUUAAUGAAUUCACUUGAUCGAAAUUUUAUUUUUGGUCAUCAUAAAAAAUCAAUAACAACAACAAAUUCUAUUAUGACACGGUCACAUUCAUUAAAUAUUUGUACAUCAUGUUGGAAUGAUCAAUCGAAUGAAAAUUCUUAUGAUAAUUUUAAUAAAGAUAAUAUUUCUAUUCAUGUACCAACACCUGAUUAUGAUGAACAAAAUGAAGAUAUUAUUAUACAAAUAAUAAAAAAUGAAAAUGAUAUUAAUGAAGAACCUAUUAUUGAUUAUGAUGAUUCAAAAUCAAUUAAUAAAUAUGAAUUAGAUGAUAAAUCAAUAUUAAAUUCUAAUGAUGAAAUUUUAUCAUCAUAUAUUAUUCCACAAACAUUAACAAUAAAUAGUAAUGAACAAAUAUCUAUACCACCUUUACCACCACCAUUACCUGAUUUAAAUAUUGAACAAAAGAAAAUAAAAUUUCAUUGUCGUACUAUUGCUGAUAAAUUAUCAUUUGAUCAUAAACUUAUACUUAAAGAUGAAGAGAAAGAAGAAGAAGAUGAUGAUGAUUUAAAACAAUCAGAAUUAUUUAAAACAUCUUCUCAUAAUUUAUCAAAAGAUUUAAUAUUAAAUAAAAAUUUUCAAUCAUUAUCAUAUACAUAUUCACCUGAUGAUUCUAUAACACAAUUAACUAAUCAUGAAACAAAUUUAACAAUAUUAUGUAAAAAUUCAUCAUUAAUAGAUGAACAAAUUCAACAUUGUUUAUCAUCAUCAUCACCAAGUACAUCAAUUGAUAUUGAUCAUGAUGAUGAAAAUGGUUCAUCAUCAUCAAAACUUUAUAAUGAUUAUAAAAAACAAGCUUCAUUAAUAAGUAUACCAACAAGUACAAUGCAUAGUCAUUCUAUUAUAAUACAACCAAUGCAUACACAUUUUGGAUUACGUUCAUCAACAUCCUCAACAUCAACAAAUGAAAAAUUAACAGACAUGACUUUACCAAGCAAACAAAUGAACGUGUGUGUUAUUAAUCAACUAAAUGAACAUUUAUCAACACGUUUCCGUAAGCAACAACAAGAAUUAUGCGCAAACAAUUUUAAUAAUUCUGAUAAUAAUAGUCAUCAAAGUUACGUUUCAUCACAAGAAUAUAUGUCUGGAAAUAAUAAUAAUAAUAAUAUUCAAUCGAAUGUUUAUGAUGAUCCAAAAGAUAUACCAGUGAUCAAUUCAAUAUGUUUAUCUUCAGUACCUCCACCACCACCACCACCAUUACCUGCUGAUGGUUUUCGUCCAAUAGUACCAGUUAUAAAUCGUUCAUUAAAUUCUCAACGAACAUCAAUUAUGACAUUAGCACGUGAAGCGAAUAAUUCAACUAUACCUUGUAGUACUGCUACAUCAACAAUAUCAAGUAAUUUAUCUGAUACACGAAUUUUACGUGAAUUACGUGAAAAUCCAUUAUUUACACGUGCAAAACAACAACUUGAAAUUGAACCUGGUUCAAAUGGUCGACGAUCAGGUCGUCGAUUAAUUGGAUCAACAUUAAAUAUAACAAAUAGUGAAACAUUAACUAAUGAUACAGUAUCUUAUAUACAAUUAGAUAAUUUAAAAAAAUCUUAUGAAACAAAAAAUACAAAAGAAUUUGAAACAAUUAUUAUGCUUCCAAAUGAAUUAGAUACAAUGCUUGGAAAACGAACUAAAUCAACAAAUGAUAUUAAUCAAAUAAAAUCUCGUCCAUAUACAAAAUCAUUAAUACAAACACAAUGUCGACAAUCUGAACUUGAACUUAUUUUUCAAAAACGUGCGCAACGAAGCGAACAAAAUUUGAUGUGA